AUGCAAGGCUCGUAUCUACGCCCCGAGGCCAGUUUCGCAGCAGAUGAAGUCAUCUCCGCACCAGCUGUCUCUUCGAGAGCAUCCUCGCGAAUCGGUGCUCCGACACUCGAAAUCAAUACGAUUGAUAUACAGCCACCCUCACAAUCGACGAGCCCAAACUCGUCCCAGAGACGAAGCAACAUCCCCGACGGUGCCCAUUAUGAUGGUCACUUCACUAGUACGCUGUCUCCUGCCAAAGGCACCGACACGGCUGUACUUCAGCCCCCAAUCCAAGGCCGUGGCUCAUCGCAGAUACCCCCCUUACCUCCUGGUAGAUGGCUCAUGGAGAUCACUCCGAAGGACCUACUGUGGUACACAAGACGGGCAACGACCGAGAAGAGGCAUCGGGAUUACGAGGUUCCUCCGCUCACUACCACCUUCGAACACCGGGUUCCAGAAGGCAGAGAGCCCUCGGCUUCACUCGGGGCCUGGGUACCCUUCACUCAUCCGGAGGGAUCCUUGUACUUCCGUCAUCCACAGAAGCGAGUUUGGACCAAUGCUUAUAUGUUCGAGCGACUCUAUCAUGACGAGGUCGAGGAAUGUGUUGCCUAUCUUGAAGAAUUCCAAUAUGCGCUCUUAGACCGUGGAGUCGACGAUGAUGUGCUAAUGUGGUACUAUUACUACGCCGACCAUCGCUCUCGUUCCAUCUUUUGGCUUCGACGGCGCAUCCUAUGGAAGGAGAUAGAGGACGUGAAAGGCGCGUUUUCGCCUGAUCAUAUCUACCACAAGGUUCAGCAGUUCUACUGGCAUCACAUCUUUCACUUCCCAGACGGUCGACAUGAUGUUGCCAAGUAUUUCGGACCAAGCAUAUGGAUGAGGCUUCUGGGGUGUAUAGAUUUUGAUUGCUUGGACGGCAUAGUCUCGCCCAGAAGUACCAGCCUGUUUGAGCCUGCGGAGUUGAUGCAAAUGAAGAAGAUAGUCCAGCUCGCUCACCAACAGUCGUCCAUCGAUGACAUACUUCCGGAGCAACUCUCCGCUGUGGCACGCAUACAGAUGUUGAGAGCCGAACAGCGAUUCAUCAAUGCGCACGGUCAACCCUUCGCACGGCUGGAUAACACCGACAGCAUCUACCCGGAAGCCGACGGUCGCAGGAUAACGUGCUUCUUUCGAGCCAUCAACCUGUUGCUCUUGCACGCUCCGUUCUCAUUUCUCAAGGACCUGCAUAGUGUCAGCGAAGACGAUAUCAUCCUCGAAUACGCUUGGCGAAGGUACUUUGCACGGUUACUGGAUGACUGGGAUCGGCUCGUCUUGCAGGGCGCUGUCGUGUUGACAGCAAACGUGUCCUUCCUCGCAAUUCCCGACGUGAUUCACUUCCCCGAUCAGCCGAGUGGGACAGGCGGAGACUCGACUAUACAAGCCUGGAUCAAGCCCGAGUAUACAUGGAGUGCCACCCUUUCGUACAUUAGCACGCUUUUGUCGCUUGGGAGCGUCAUGUCAGGCUUGCUGCUGGCUCGACACAAUCGUCCGCAGGUAGAGCAUUCGACCGACGCGGCCGAAGCGAGUCGAUACCUCGCACGCCGCCAUUCGCACUUUUUUGGGCUUGAACCGAUCGCUAUCGUCUACAGUCUGCCGUAUGCGCUCAUGAUUUGGGGAACUGGGUUCUUUCUCGCGGCCAUCUUAAGUUUUACUUUCGACAGCACUGACAUCGCAACGCGAAGCAUUGUGGCUGUUGGCGCAAGCGUCGUUACGGGCCUGCUCUUCUGGAGCAUUUGCUCAGGGAAGCUGAUGCUCAUGAACAAGAUCUGGCUACCCCUCGCAAACACCCUCGUAGUAGAGUGUGUCAUAGACGCAGUCCUGCACGUCUCCGGGGUAGCAGGGGAGAAGAAAAGAGCCUGCACUGAGAAACUGAGAUCGGCAAUUCUGUCCAUGAAAAGGGGUAGUACAAGCAGAACGGACGGUCAAAUCGAAGUAGAGAGUCAGGAGGCCGGUGCGCAGUCGGUCUGA